AUGCCCAUCAAGGGGCGUGGCGCAUUCCCCAAGCCGUCCACGCACGAGGAGCACGCCGAAGGCGUGAUCCUGCAGUAUGUAGCGUUGCGUCGACCACAAUCAGAGCGCGCUAUUUUGUUACUUAAAGAAGUUGGUGCUGCGGUGAAGCCUAUCAUGCAAAAACGAGGAUGGCGUGUACCGGUCCUCUCGGAGAUGUUUCCGCGAAAUAAAAGCUUGCUGGGGCUGAAUGUAAAUAGCGGCAUGAAAAUAUACCUCCGCCUGCGCUCGCCGCACGAACCGUCGCAGUUUUUGGAAAUGUGCGAUUUGGUUGGCACAAUGCUCCAUGAACUUGCGCAUAAUGUGCGUGGACCGCAUGAUAUUCAAUUUUACAAAAUCCUCGCGGAGCUUACGGACGAAUACAUGGCGGCUCAACGCCUGGGGUACUGGCCGGGGAUAGGGUUCCUGGGCAGUGGCGUGCGGCUCGGUGGCGAACUGCAGCCAGUCUCUCUUGCACAGCGCAGGACGCGUGCUGCUGAGGUGGCACUUCGGCGUGAACGUGCACGGAUUGGCACUGGGGCGCACCGGCUUGGCGGCACGACGCAUAGUAGACGGUCUACAAGCGAGCUUGCUGCAGAGGCUGCAAUGCGCCGCCGUCAAGAUAGUAUGACGUGUCCAGCGACGUGGAAGGACCGGGAUUCACUUGAUGUCGGUGACGAAGACGUGAUUAUUGUGCAAGACAAGCCGUCGGUAAAGGGGACACAGGAGGAUCCUAUCACAAUCCUUGACGAUGUAUAA